AAGUAGCAACUCCAACGAAGAGUCAAGAUGUUUUUCUUUUUCUGUCCUUCUACUCUCUACAUCAUGUUAGGAUCCUACAAGUGAAUCUGUAAGCAGUAAGAAACAAUUUAAACCUGUGAAAGGAUAGGAAUUUUGUACUAAAAAGACUUUCCCACUUGAUUUGUCUAAAUUAGACUGCUGAACAUUGAAAGAUAUAACUUGAACCAUCCUUUAACAUGCAAUAACUUGGUGUGUAAAGACAAAGAUCAUUUGUGGUAACACACACAAGAAGCUAGAGGUUUUUGGUCGAAUGGCUUGCAACACACACCUGUUAUGAUAAACAUGAGCAAUCAGGAGAAAUGUCUUGACAAAGCUCCACCCUCUCUGACUCAACACAGACAAACAGGAAACAGGAUAUCACUCUUUGUUUUGGAGAGGAGAGACACAAUGAGAGGCAGACAGUAAUAUUCCGCUUAACACCAAAGCUAAUACAUCCACAGAGAGACGACAGCUGAAGGAGGGAAGACUGGGAACACUGGAAUUACUGGAAUACUGAAUACUUGCACUUCAACCUGCUGCUGAUUCCACAUAAUGAACUCGGUGAGGCACGACUCAAAGUGAAAGCAACUUUCUAGUCUGACUGACUUUCCCUUCUGCUGGCUGUGUUUUCAGCUUCACCGAGAGAUAAAAUGUCUUCCAGAUCAGAGGAGGAUCUCUGUUGUCCUGUCUGCCAUGAAAUCUUCAAAAAUCCUGUUGUCCUGUCAUGUAGCCACAGCUUCUGUAAAGACUGUCUGCAGACAUGGUGGAGAGGGAAACAAAUAUGUGAGUGUCCGUGCUGUAAGAGAAGAUCAUCAAAGAGGGAUCCACCUCGUAACCUGGCUUUAAAGAACGUGUCUGAGGCCUUCUUACAGGAGAGAGAUCAGAGAGGUUCAGCAGAGGCUCUCUGCAGUCUGCACUCUGAGAAACUCAAACUCUUCUGUCUGGACCAUCAGCAGCCGGUGUGUGUCGUCUGCAGAGAUUCAAGGAAACAUACUGACCACAGAUUCAGACCCAUCGAUGAAGCUGCUCAGGAUCACAAACAGGAGCUCCAGAAAUCCCUGAAGCCCAUUCAGGAGAAACUGGAGCUCUUUAAACAAGUUAAAGGAAACUGUGAUCAAACAGCAGAACACAUGAAGGUCCAGGCCCGACGCACAGAGAGGAAGAUUAAGGAGCAGUUUAAGAAGCUUCACCAGUUUCUAGAAGAGGAAGAGAAGGCCAGGAUCUCUGCUCUGAGGGAGGAAGAGGAGCAGAAGAGUCAGAUGAUGAAGGAGAAGAUGGAGGCUCUGAGCAGAGAGAUAGCAGCUCUUUCAGACACACUCAGAGCCACAGAGGAGGAGCUGAGAGCUGAAGACGUCUCAUUCCUGCACAACUACAAGGCUGCAGUGGAAAGAGUCCAGCAGCGCCCCCUGCUGGAGGAUCCACAGCUGCCCUCAGGAGCUCUGAUAGACAUGGUCAAACACCUGGGCAACCUGACCUUCAACAUCUGGAACAAGAUGAAGAACAUGGUCUCCUACACUCCUCUGAUUCUGGAUCCAAACACUGCCGACCCAGAACUUGUCGUGUCUGAGGAUCUGACCAGUGUGAGAUCUGGAGAGCGACAACAGCUUCCAAAAAACCCGGAGAGGACCAAAUUUUCCUGCUCCGUCCUGGGAUCUGAAGGCUUUGACUCAGGGACUCACAGCUGGGACAUUGAGGUUGGAGACAACAAGGACUGGGAAGUGGGCAUGUUAGGAGAGUACAUCCAGAUGAACGGACGUCUACAGUCUGGAUUGUGGAGAAUUAUGUUCUCCAACGGUAAAUUCACAGCGUUCUCCACAUCAGAUCAAGAGAAACAUCUGCCAGUGAAGAACAAGCUCCGGAGGAUCAGAGUUCAUCUGGACUUUGACAAAGGACAGCUCUCAUUCUCUGAUCUUGAAACUAACACACACAUACACACCUUCACACACACCUUCCCGUACACCUUGUUUCCGUACAUUUACACUGAGAAUCCCCUCCCACUGAAGAUUUUACCAGUGAAGGUCUCUGUGAUGGUGAAAAAGCACAGUUAGAGAUUAUUAUGAUAGGGCUGAGCAAUGUGACGAUGGCAGUUUACCAGGGCAUGUUUUAUUAAUAUCUCUGGUUGUAUUAGGCCACCGGUUGCAGUGCUGCAUAUUAUAGCAAUGUUGGAUUUACAGGAUAAUUGCAUCAAUGUGAUGAAGCAGUAUGAUUUUAUUUUCACAAGUUAUUAUGUGUGCUUGUUCCUCAAGGCACAAAUUACUAAGCUAUUAAAAUACUAGGAUGGCAGGAUAUAUUGGGAAUGGUGUGCUCUGACUUUUGGUAGCAAUGUAUCAAAUAUUUUUGA